GGAGGAGGGAGGAGGAGGCGCGUGCCCGGCGUCUCUUCCCGGGCUGCUCCGUUGCUGCUGCCGCUGCUGGUGCGACGCCCGCGGGGAGGAAGGAAGGGAGGCCGGCCGGCCAUGCACCUGCCCGCACCUGCCGGCUAGCCGGGGACGGGCGUCGCCUCCUCCGCUCCCUCCCUCCCUCCGUCCUUCGCCCGGGGCUGCUGCUGGGGGACCCCCCAUGGGAAGGGGCCGGCCCGGGCCCCGCCUGCCUGCUCCCUGCUCGGGGAUGCCUCCUUGAAGCCCGGCCCGGCUGGGAGAAGAAGAAGCAGCAGAGCCGCCUUGACCUUGCUCCGGACGCCGCUUUGCAACCUGUUGGCCGCAUCUGCGAGGAAGAGGAAGGAGGAGUGGGGGGGGGUGUCUCCUGUCUGCCGCCAGGCCGCUGCCCAACCGGUGCAGCCCCUCCCUCCAUCCCUCUAUCCAUCCCUCCCUCCCUUCAUCCAUCCAUCCCUCUAUCCUUCCCUUCAUCCCUGCCUCCAUCCAUCCAUCCCUUCAUCCAUCCAUCCAUCCCUCUAUCCUUCCCUCCAUCCACCCCUCCAUCCCUCCCUUCAUCCAUUCCUCUAUCCAUCCCUCCAUCCAUCCCUCUAUCGGGGAGGAGGGGGGCCUUUUCAGGCUUCAUUUACUCCCCCCCCCUCCUUUUUCAAAGGGUCUCCCUGCAGCCCCCCCCCUCCCUCUUGAUGGGGGGCACAUCCCGAGCUGGAUGCCCGGACGGACUGCAGCCUCCACCCUCCCUGAUGUGACCCAUCGUCGUCGUCUUCGUCGUCGCUGAGGACUUCUGCUCACCUGCAUUUCCCCCUACAAACACACACACACUAAACGCACGCACACCUGAGAUUGGCAAGGUGUCAACUUGCGACCUGCCCGCUUCUUCAUCCGCUUACCCAGGAUAGGGGAUAUGGGGUUCCCACUGCUGCAUCCGAUGCCCGGCGCCCCCCUGCGAGAUUAAGCACAAAGCCCCCCGGGGGCCAUCGCCGAAGGCUCGGACGGACGGACUGUCCUGCUUAACGACAUGGAGACCAAAAUCCCGCCGGCCGUCACUCCGACCAGCCCUUCGUCGCCCGGGUUGUCGCCGGUACCGCCGCCAGAUAAAGUGGACGGUUUCUCCCGCCGGUCGCUACGCCGGUCGCGUCAAAGACGGUCGCACAGUUCUUCCCAGUUCCGGUACCAGAGCAACCAGCAGGAGCUGACGCCCCUCCCCCUGCUGAAAGAUGCUCCAGUUUCUGAGCUGCACGACCUUCUGUGCAAGAAGCUUCAGCAAUGCUCCAUCGUCUUCGACUUCCUGGACUGCGUUGCUGACCUGAAGGGCAAGGAGAUCAAGCGGGCAGCCCUGAACGAACUGGUGGAGUGCGUGGCCACUAACCGUGGCAUCCUCAUCGAACCACUCUAUCCCGAGAUCAUCAAGAUGAUCUCAGUCAACAUUUUCCGAAUUCUUCCACCCAGUGAAAACCCCGAGUUCGAUCCCGAAGAAGAUGAACCAAACCUGGAACCGUCUUGGCCCCAUCUCCAGCUUGUAUAUGAAUUUUUCCUCCGGUUCCUUGAAAGUCCAGACUUCCAACCCUCGGUUGCCAAGAGAUACAUAGACCAGAAAUUCGUAUUGAUGCUGCUGGAAUUGUUCGACAGCGAAGACCCCAGGGAGCGUGAAUACCUCAAGACCAUCCUUCACCGGGUUUAUGGCAAAUUCCUGGGCCUUCGGGCAUAUAUUCGCAAGCAAUGCAAUAACAUUUUUUUGAGGUUUAUCUACGAGACCGAACAUUUCAACGGAGUGGCGGAAUUAUUGGAAAUCCUUGGGAGCAUCAUCAACGGCUUCGCGCUGCCCUUGAAGGCGGAACACAAGCAGUUCCUGGUGCGGGUUCUGAUCCCGCUUCACUCCGUCAAAUCGCUCUCCAUUUUCCACGCCCAGCUGGCCUACUGCGUGGUCCAGUUCUUGGAGAAAGAUGCCACGCUGACCGAGCACGUGAUACGGGGCCUGUUGAAAUACUGGCCGAAGACCUGCACCCAAAAAGAGGUGAUGCUCCUGGGGGAAAUUGAGGAGAUCCUGGAUGUUAUCGAGCCCUCGCAGUUCGUGAAGAUCCAAGAGCCGCUCUUCAAGCAAGUGGCGCGAUGCAUCGCCAGCCCCCACUUCCAGGUGGCCGAACGGGCACUCUAUUUCUGGAACAACGAAUACAUCUUGAGCCUGGUGGAGGACAACUGCCACACGGUGCUACCCAGCAUAUUCGGCACGCUCUACCGCGUCUCCAAGGAGCAUUGGAACCCGACCAUAGUGUCCCUGGUCUACAACGUCCUAAAGACCUUCAUGGAGAUGAACGGCAAGCUGUUCGAUGAGCUCACUGCCUCCUACAAGGUGGAGAAGCAGCAGGAACUGAAGAAGGAAAAGGACCGCCAGGAGCUCUGGAGGCAUCUGGAUGAACUUCAGCUGCAGAAGCUCCAAGGCUUGGAAGAAGCCAAGAUGAACCGCUUGAAUUUGCAACGCACCCUGGCCAGCUAGGAGCCUCUCCUCCGCCCUUGGAAGUGACACCCCCGCCUCCCCCGCCCCUCGUGGGCGGUGGGAGCGGUCCACCCCUCCCAGGCCGAGACAGCUGGUUCUCCUCCUCACCCCCCCACAUCGUCUGCCCCCCCACACACCACGAGGCCAGCCGGAAAGCCAAAGGACGAGAGUUUCGGGGACUGGGCUGUGGGGUGGGGCAGUGGAGGGAGGGGCAGAGGCCCCCCCUCCGCUGGGCUGGGCUGCUCCCCCUCCUUGCCUAAAACUGAUGGGCCUGUAAAUAAUAGGGGAGCCACAAUCUUGCAAAGACAAU